UAGCAGACAAGGGCUCCGCUCACUGCUCUGCAGAGGCUAUGCUGAGACUGAGCUGGUGACUGAAGCAGGGUCUCUGGCUACCAUCAACAAGUUAGGGUUGGAGGACCCCAGCCAUGAAAGAGGAUCACUUGAUCUUCAAUUAACCAACUGAGCUGACAUCACUGCGGUGGAAGGGAAACAAAAGGGUGAAAAAAAGGGGGGGGGGGGAUGUUCGUUGGAGUCGUUCUGGAUGCAACUGAUCAACUUAAAAAAAUCGUCAAGGAUUCACAGGAGAAAGAAAAAGCUUGGAUUUUAAAACAGGACUAAAAGGAAUAAACGUUGUCUUCGGACAUGGAAUUUCAUAUUUUGUUUCAACUGGGUGGGCUCAAAAUUGCUUUAUUUCAGAAGAGCCUGAUUCCUUUUGUGUUUACUCAAAAGGAUUUUUUCCCUUUGGAUUUUUGUUCCAUCUGGCUGCUCCAAGAGUCUGCGGAAAAGGACAGUUGAAUGCAGCCUCCGAUGUGCACAAAAGAAUGGGUUUCCAUUCAAGGUGGCCAUUGGUGGGACCUGCACCAGCGGCUCUGUGUCUGUGUGUGAUCAGCAUGCUGCUGCUGUGCCUGCUGCCUUCUGCAUCGUGCACAACCUGCCCUCAGAAAUGCCGCUGUGAGGACCUGCAGUUCUACUGCGACACCCAAGGGCUUCAGGCACCCCCAGAUGGCGUGGACAAGGGGGCCCUGGGGCUGUCAUUACGCCACAACAGCAUCACUGAGCUCAGCCCUGACCAAUUCUAUGGCUUCAGCCAACUUACCUGGCUACAUCUAGACCACAACCAGAUUACCACAGUACAAGAGGAUGCCUUUCAAGGGCUCUACAAACUCAAAGACCUCAAUCUGAGCUCCAAUCGCAUCACCAAGUUGCCCAACACAACCUUCAUCCACCUCAUCAAUCUCCAGAUACUGGACCUAUCCUUCAAUCAGAUGACAGCAUUAGAACCAGAACUGUUCCAUGGGCUGAGGAAGCUACAAAUACUCCACCUCCGCUCCAAUUCACUUCGCACCACGCCUGUUCGGGCCUUCUGGGACUGCCGCAGCCUGGAGUAUCUGGGCCUGAGCAACAACCGCCUCCGGAGCCUGGCCCGCAACGGCUUUGCUGGGCUCAUUAAGCUCAGAGAGCUCCACUUGGAACACAAUCAGCUCACCAAGAUCAACUUGGCCCACUUCCCUCGCCUGGUUGCCCUCCAGUUUCUAUAUCUGCAAUGGAAUAAGAUCAGCAACCUGACAUGUGGUAUGGAAUGGACCUGGACCACCUUGGAGAAGCUGGACCUAACAGGGAAUGAGAUACGUGUCCUGACACCUGAUGUGUUUGAAACGCUGCCAAACUUAAAGAUUCUGCUGCUGGAUAAUAACAAACUGAGCAGUCUGGAUCCCCAAGUCAUGGAUAUGUGGCAGUCUCUGGGUACCAUUGGGCUGUCUAGCAACCUUUGGGAAUGUACCAAAAGGAUCUGUUCUCUGGCCACUUGGCUAAGCACCUUUAAGGGAAGGUGGGAACACUCCAUUCUCUGCCACAGUCCUGAAUAUGCCCAGGGUGAGGAGAUACUAGAUGCUGUUUAUGGGUUCCAGCUUUGCCAGAAUUUUUCAGCACCAGUUGUACAGACCAUUAGUACAACCACAGACGCCACUACGACCCCAGAGGUCACAAGCUCCCUGUUUGGAAUUAUGCAGCAGACCCCCACACAGGACUAUGCAGAGGAUUUUGGGAGCUUUACCACAGUCACUACGACAACAACCACGACUCAGACACCACGCACUGCUCCAGCAACCACCACUACACUGGAAGAGGCAGCUGUCACGGAUGACUUCUCUGUAACAGACAAUACCGUUCUCACUCAUAGGGUUAUCAUUGGAACAAUGGCCCUGCUAUUUUCAUUCUUUCUCAUCAUUUUCGUUGUGUACAUCUCACGGAAGUGCUGCCCUCCCACCCUGCGCCGGAUACGCCACUGCUCGGCUAUCCAGAACCGCAGACAGAUGAGGACCCAGCAGCGGCAGCCUAUGGCAGAUCUAGCUACACAGGUACCCUAUAAUGAGUAUGAGCCCAGCCAUGAAGAGGGGGCACUUGUGAUCAUCAACGGCUAUGGGCAGUGCAAGUGUCAGCAACUGCCUUAUAAAGAGUGUGAAGUAUGAACUCCUAUUUAUUCGUAGAGCAUAUGGUUUGCCAUUUGACCAUUUCAGAUGAUACAGGGUUUGCUUUUUUGAUUUUUUUCCAGUUUAUAUAAAGAGCAUAAUUUCUACAAGUGAGCUUCAAGAAUAUAUGAGAGCUGCUGAAUGCUGAGAUGACAAAGGGUGGAAAUGACAGUUUAGGGAUGAUGUAGAGAUAGUCACAAAUUUAUUUUUCUAUGAAUGCAAGGUUGUUCAUAUCAGGCAGGGGCAAUCAUUUUAAAAAGGAAAUUGUAAACUGUGAGAUUUGUCACCACAUUGUCACUAUAUUCUGCAGCACUGAGAAAACACAGCCAAAUGGUCCUCUGCUAACACAACACAAAUUACUAGUGGAGAAAUUUGAUUUACAACAGAAUGUCUUGUUUCUUUCAAAAAGAAAACAAGUAGCCUAUCGGAAGUCACAUUUAUAAGCUGCAACACUCACAAUCACUUUGGACAAUUGAAUUGGAUAAUUUUUUAGUAGAAUUAUUAUUAUUAUAAUUAUUAUUUUGUUUACAAUUGACACGUUUUGGGAGUACUAUGAAAUAUUAGAAACCAUAAAUACCAAAUUAAAAAUCUGAAUUAUAACUGAAGAUAAGAUGUCAAGACUGUUUCCUAACCAUGUUAAAAAUAAAGAAAAUUCUCUCCUGAUGAGAGAAGGGCCCUGAAACUCUGUUCAAUAAAUGUGUAAAAUGGUAUUUCAUUUCCAAUUUAAUUCAAUCAGGCCUGUUUAUAAUAUUCAACUAAAACCAAAACACUAAGCAUUGUUCAUAAGAAGUUUCAUGUCUAAUAUGCCACAGUGCUCACUAAACAAAUACACAUAAAUGGUGGGAUUUCAAAAAGAAAUUCAUGGGAUCCUUAAAAUGUACUAUCCCAUUCACCAGUGUUGCACAUUUCUGUGAAUGGAUAAGAAGACUUGUUCAUGAUUUUUUUUUUUUUCAGCUCCAAAAUGCCAUACACACUGUGACCAUGAUAUCUCCAACAGGUUAACUUAGCAACCGCUGUUUACUGAACUACAAUUUAAUAUACAAGAGGCCAACAUAAACACCAGCCAAGGUAAGAAAUGUCAUCAAGUGUGUAGGUACCAAGCCAGGGGGCUAGCGAGAACUAACAGACCAGUGGGCAGACCAUUUCAGACUGAAAAUAAAACCUUUCCCAGUAGCCCAGUGGUGGAGCAGCCUCUUAACUGCUUAGACACUAAUCAGGUCUGACAGGCUCAAGAUUGAACCAAUUAAGGCCAGGCAAAAAGAAUCUAAUAUUCUGUCACCCACACCAGUGAUCCAGCAACAUUUAGCUUGUUCGGCCACUCAAAAAAUAGUUCUAGUAGAAACAUCCUCCACACCAGACAAGAACAUCUUUGAACCUUUGUUUCACGAUCCUGUUCUUGUUAGAAGUACUGAGCCGAUGUGUCUUGUCUUUGGUUAAAAAGGGUCAUGAUGAAUAAUAAAUACUGUAACAAUUCCACAACGGUCACAAGUGUUAACUUAAACUGUGGUAGAGAUCCUUAGAGCAAAUGCAGAUCCACUGAUAAGCAAACAGCAAGCCUGGGUCAAGACACAUUUGUAUGCAGCAAGGAGAAGAUUGCAUUAGCAUCAGACUAAACCCGCUGCUGCAGCUCCGCACUUCUUUGUGCUCAGUUCGGUGUUGGGGGCAGGGUGAAAGAGUGAGAGAGAGGGAGGGGAGCUGAUGGGACAUGGAGAGGGGCAACUGUGGGGUAAUGCCCUGGCUUAUCUAAGAAAAUGUGCAUCCUUCCGGCCAAAUAAUGUGACUCAUAAGUCCAACUAGGCAGGGAGAGGAGAAUGGAAUGACGAAUAUUGACUGACAGCACCUUGGGCAUGAAAUAACCAGAGUUAAACAUCACAUUGACCACACAGCAGCAACACUUAUUUUACUACUAGCCCACAGAUAAGCUAUCAAAACUGAACACGUUAUGUUUAAACAAUGGGGAAAAAAAGCAGUUAAAACCAUUGAGUAUGGAAUCUGAAAUGUGACACAGCCCAGUUAGUUUAACUUUUGGCUAUGUUUGACAAAGUCUGGGUUAUAGGUUAAAAAAUGAUUCUGAAUACAUCGCCUUGAAGGGAGGUCAAGAUGGCAGAAUGUGUGUGAAUAUGAGUAAUUAUGAUUCAAGGAAAUGGCUGGUGCCCCCUAUGGGCACUAUGAGGUAUGCAACACGGUCUUUUCUUUCAACAGAGCUUGUAUGUUCCAUCUAGAUUUGGCUUCAAACAUAAAUUAUAGUUCCUGUCAAUACAUCUCAGUACAUCUUCCUAGAAUGCGAAAAGCCUCUUCCAGUCUGAAGAUACUGAAAUCAUACCAGACACAUAUGCUCAUUCUAAGUGCAUCAGUUCAGUAAGGAUCAAACAAUUAAACCAUGCUAUGGAAGGACCAGUUUCAGUGUAGACCAAAAAUUGUACAAUUAUAUUUGAAUUUAAUGGAAAACAGAAUAUACCAAUUAAUUUUCAAAUCCAAGCACCUCCACUUUGUCUCUAAUUAUGUUUUCCUACAACUUCGCACUGCUUUUACUGUUGCCCUUCCAAUAUGUCUUGCAUGUUAAAAGUCAGAACUGAGUUGAAUUUUUCUUAAAUGUCAUUCAGAGAACAUUGUGGAGAGGCCUCGUUUCUGUUAAUGACAAGAAUGGGGAUGUGUGGAUUUUUAAAAAAAAAAAAAAAAGUUUUGCCAAUCAUUUGACAUUUCACUGUUUAAGAUAAAGCUUGUACUAAGUGACUGAAAAAUCCACAAAAUUUGUAGAAAUAUGCAUCCUUUUGCACUCUGGCUCUUUGUCAACUGUUUUUGGUUCCUCUUGUCACACUCUAGCCCUGUUUCCCACCCUGCCUAAAAAAUAAAAAAGAAAAAAAAAAAGAAAAAAAAAGUGAAAAACCCUUCUCUUACCCAAUCUCUUUGUGCAAAAUGAAUGCUUUUCUCUUCCCUGUCCCUUUUGUAUUGUAAUAUGUACAAUUUCAUAUCUGUAUAGUGGAUAAGAUGUGGCAAACUGAAAAAAAUCCCCCUUAAAACAUAUAUUUUUUAAAUAAAAUGAUUACAAUUUAUUGAGUGUUUGCUAACUCAUGGAUGCACACGACUCUGUUUGAUCUUUCAAAUAAUGCCCAA